AUGCGCCCGUCGCCAGGCUUGAUCGCCUCUGCCAAAGAGGUGUUCAGCCGCACGACCGUCGCUGCCGUCUCUGGCGAAACACGCGGAGGCGCAUCCAAGCUCGUCAGGCCAGCGUUCAAGCAUCCGCAUGGGUUCGCACACUCGACUCCUCAUUCGCAUGCGCAAGUGCGCUAUGCCUCGACCACCGCCAAGAGCUCGUGGAGGAAGAGCGUCGAGGAGUUCGUCGAGUGUGUCUACGGAGGGACGUUCAAGGCUCUUCGCUCGAGCGUGCACGCUCGACCAGGACCGUACACCUCGUCCCGCCUCACUCCGCACCCUCGACCCGUCAACGCACGCUUCACACACUCCUCUCCUCGCCCGGUCCCUCCCCGGACACACUUUGGCCCCCUUCCACGUCCCUCGCUCGGACACUCCUCAACCCGCAUGGGCCUAGGAACCGCCAGGCAGUUCUCGACAGGUGGGUUUGGGGUGUGGGAUAACGUUGUCCUGAACGUCCCGCUUGCGUUGAGGGCUGCGGCGGAUCGGGUUGAUGAGGGGAUUGAUGGGAGGAAGUGGAAGAGGGUUAAGAGGGAGAUUCGGAGGGAGACGAGGGGGCAGAAGGGAGUGGGAAGGGAGCCGGCUGGCUUCGAUGCGAGGAGGGAGAAGAGGGAGGAGUUUGAGCGGUACUUUGGUGUGCAGGAGGAGCAGGUCGCCGAGGAGAGGGAGAAGGAGGAGAAACCGGUCACGCUCAUCCUCGCUCUCGACCCGGACUUUGACCUCCCCCUCCCCCUCUCUUCCUCCUCCUCGCCUGAGAUCGAGCGCCUCCUCUCCCCCUCCCUGCUCGACUCCCUCGCAUCCCUCUCACACGCCUACUCAACCCACACGCACCGCCUACGCACGAUCGUGAACCGCCUCAACGCAGCGGGACUACUCGAUCCGUCUUCCGGCACUCACAGCUCCCUUGCGGUAUUGGACCCAGAGGCGGACGGAGUGGACGAGGAACCUGAGGGAAGGAGGGUGUGGCGCGUCGAGUUCCGCGAUGGACUCGUGACGCGCUCGAGGGUCGAGCGGGUCGUUCGAGGAUCCGAAGCUGAGUCGAGGGAGAGGGAAGGGGAGGUCCCACACUGGGCAGAGAAAGUCCAGCGCUGGACUGGGCGGAACGCGGUUGAGGCGGGUGAGGGGGAAUGGUGGUGGCUUGUCGGGGGUGCGAAGCCUCAGGCGGUCGUCGAGCCAGAGGAGGAGGACGUACUGGCUUCGACUCCUCCGCUGCCGGGCUCGCUUCUCGCCUCGCCUACGUUAGCCUCGACGCCCUCCUACCCUCUCUCAUCGUCCGGCGACGGCGAAGACUACGCAAUCGACGCAGGCGCCGCACUCGCCGUCGCACAAACGUUCGUCUUGCCCUCUCCCGGUUCGCUCUCGUUCUCUGACUCGAGUUCGAGCUCGAGUUCGGGCGAGGCCGAGGACACAGAGGACGAAGAGGCGGUCGUUUGGGACCUCUCGACCUCUCUCACCGAGACGGAGCCCGAGACGAACGACCUCACCGACCCCGCAGCAAGCGUCUGGGCUUCGACGGACGACGCGCGCACGAGCAGUGGGAGCGCCCUGUCGUACGAGGACGAGCUUAGGGGGUUUCUGAGCGAGGUGGAGGGGGAGAGGGAGAGGAGGUUCGUCGAGGGGAUGGUGUCUGUCUAG